UUUGCAUUUACCACAAGGGACUGACUGAUAGAUUAUCACCUUCAUACUGGUCUGAUUACUAUUCCAUCAAUAAGAGAGACCCAGAUAACACUGAUCUCGCUCCAUGGGUUUCCAGAUUUUACAGAAUGUCUAAUAACUCGAAGCCGCAUCACGACGAUCGAUCAAAUCUCCAUGGCCGAUCAAAAACGAGUACAUCCGAUGAUGAUGGACGUUGAGUCGCCGCCGUCGACCAUUUCCGGCGAGUCCUCAAUAUCAGAAAAGGCCGCAGCCGCAAUCUCUCCCACUCUCACAGCACCACCCGAGAAGAGGCUCCGCCGCUGCCGCUUCCGCCGUUGCUGCUGUCGGUGCUUCUGCUGCGCCGCCUGCGGCCUCGUACUCCUGGCAGCCGCGCUCGGCAUCUCCUACCUCGCUCUCGACCCCAUGCUGCCGGCCUACUCGGUCGACCGCUUCCAAGUCACCUCCUUCGACAUGUCCGGGACCGGCACCGUGCGCGCCGCCUUCAACGUGACGGUAACUGCGUCGAACCCCAACAAGGGGCUCGGCAUCUGCUACGGCCACGGCUCGCGCUUGCGCGUCCUCUACUCGGGCCAAACCCUGUGCGAGGGGGCGCUGCCGACGUUCUGCCAGGGGCACCGCAACACGUCGGUGCUGACGGUGGCAUUGGCUGCGAGGGAGGCGGUGGAGCUGGGAAGCGCCAAGGCGGAGGAUCUGCAGCGGCAGGAGGAGGAGAAGACGGUGCCGCUGGUGUUCGAAGGGGAGGUUCCGGUGAGGGUGACGGUGGUCGGAGCGGCGAAGCUGUGGGAGGUGGUCUCGUGGGUAAGGUGUAGCUUGGUGGUCGAUAGCUUAAACGCUCGUCAGCAGAUCCAUAUGAAGAGCAGCAGCUGCAAGUUUAGUGUUCAUCUCUGA